UUUCCUGCAUUAAUUAAUACUAUGUUUAAAGACGGUAUUUUACAACCAUAGUUGGUUUCUUAAUAUUUUUGUCAUGUUUAUCAUUAUAAGCAAAUUUAUAUAAAAGUUAAGCACAUAUUUUUGUAAUUUUAGGAAAUAUCAGAUGAAAAAUAUCAGGAUUAAAUUAUUGUUUUAUUUUGUAGGCAAUGAUACAUCAAAACUUGCCAAUUGUUUAUCGGCCAUGAAUCAAGGAUAGCUGUUAUGCAGAAAAUGUGCUAAUAUUGAGCAAGAGUUACAACGUGUGCCAAAUGUAAAAGAUGAAACAGUUUCCGAACCAGCUGAUGUUUACACCAGGAAAAGUAAAUAUAUCACAAUAGGCAUACCUUCUGUGGCGCGGAAAAAAGAAAACUACCUCCACAAAACAUUGAAAUCUCUGCUAGAGAACAUGGACAAAGAUGAAAGAAAAGAUGUCACAAUAGUUGUUCUUUAUGCUGACAGUGACACCAAAAUCCGACACAAAAGACUGAAAGAAACAAUGCUUCUAUUCAAUGAAUAUGUCCGAUCAGGUUUGCUGCUUCUUAUACAAACCUAUCCCGAGAUAUAUCCGCCGAUGAAGAUAACUCGCCGGACUUACAACGAUACGAUAGAAAGAAUCGCUUGGCGAUCCAAGCAAGUGUUAGAUUUUGCUUACUUGCUGAAAUAUUCCAAAUCGUUUUCUGAAUAUUUUCUAAUUUUAGAAGACGACAUAGAGUCGUCGCCUCAUUUCGUAAGCGCCAUCCAACGAUUCAUUCGAACGAGGGAAAAUUCGGAAUGGGUGUCUCUGACGUUUUCGAGUUUCUACAUCAUAGGUAGAUUGUUCAAGUCGGAGGAUUUGAGGAAACUGUCAGAAUUCCUGGUGCUCUUUCACCUAGAAAAACCAGUAGAUCUUCUGAUCCUCCAAUUCCUUGAUAUCAUGGUACCCGAGAAAAAGAUCGUCACCAGGAGAAUACCAGGGCUAUUCCAGCACAUGGGACUUUACUCUUCACUCGAUGGCAAAAUCCAAAAAGCAAAAGACAGAAGCUUUUCGAACAACAUACGAGUGUACCACUUUCCCAAUCCACCGGCAGAUGUCGUCACUACAAUAGGCGUGUACAAAAAGCACUACCCGGAGUAUUGUUAUGACGAAUCCGAUAAAUUUUUCUGGGGUAGCGCACCGAAGAGGAAUGACACUUUUGAUGUGAUUUUAAGGAAACCCGCAAAGGUACGUAGAAUUUUCGUCAGUUCCGGCCUUCCGUCACACAAGGAGGAUAUUAUAAGGUACGCCGAAUUAAAAGUGGCAACAGUUUUCAAGAAAAUGCUGACAGACAGAAAGGCUGUUUGUUCAGAGUUUAACACAGUGGCUCUUUUUGAAAUGGGAAAAGCUGAUGCAACGGUCAACACGACAUUGCCUAAAGAGAACAUUCAGUGUAUACGGAUAGAAUUCAUCAAGAAGCAAUCAAACUGGUUAUUGAUUAAUGAGAUAUCGGUUGAUAUAGAACCUACGGAAAAUUAUUAAUUCUUUUUCUGGUGCAUUGAAUUUUGUUGUUGAAAUGGCUUUUAAUCUGAAAACUAUGAAUAAAAUUUAUUACCAUGGUGAAAAAAGCCUUUUCGCUUCUUUUUCUGCAGCUGCACCAAAAAGUAAUAAGAGUAACUUAUCUAUAUCGUUUUCAGGUGCUUAAGUUUAAUUUUCAGGAGCAAAUUUAAAAU